GUGACGUAGGAUUAGGGGCGUUCUCAAAUUUGAAUUUCGUUGAGCUUGACAGUAGUUGAACAAAGCGAGUCGUUUAGGAAUUUCCUUAAUCACGCUAUUUUAUCAAAACUUAGUAGAUUGAAAAAAGAGAGUGAAAAAAUGAGAAGAAGAAGCAGCAGUAGCGCCAGCUGGAGAAACCCAACAGAUAAAAGGCGCAGUGAGAGUGAACGUUUUGAUGAAUUCGGCUUUGCUUUCACCAACAGAAGGGAGCAAAAACUUCACCACAGAUGUCACGAUUACAGCUACCCCCAGCUGAGCUCGGUGAGGGUGAAGGAGCUCUGUGAACUGCUCAGCUACUGGAAUGGAGCCAGCUUCAUCUGCAAGAGUCAGAUUGAACGCUUUAUCCGGAUGGGCAUUCCUCCAAGUUUGCGAGGGAGAAUGUGGAAGUGCCUUCUGAACGUUGACGGUGUGAGAGAAUGUAGUGACUUCAACUACCAGACACGUUUGUCGGAAGUUCGAGGGCCCCUUGUGGAUUUGGGCGUCAGUGAAUAUGGCAUUUUGUCUGCGAUCGCCACACUGAGUGACACUCAGAAUGAUCUGCGUUUGAACCAGCGACAGCUCUCAGGCUCAAAUUGCUACUCUAUCGAUGACAUAAAUCUGUUCAGACAGAUCGCCCUUGACCUACAGCGAUCCUUUCCAACCCACCGGUCCCUGAUGGGACAGAGCUCAGAGGCCAUCGAGGGUCAGGCUAAACUCUUCAGGGUCCUCGUUGCUUAUGCAAAAUACAAUCCACAAGCUGGUUACAGCCAAGGGAUGUCCUACAUAGCUGCUGUGCUGCUGAUGCAGCUGGGAGAGGAGGAGGCUUUCUGGGCUCUGACAGCCUUGUUGGAUAAAUCCAAAUAUCUGGCUGAGCUGUUUGACCUCAGUCUCACAAAAGUCCAACAUCAGGUGAAGGUCUUUGAUCAGUUCCUCAAACACCGGAAGGCUCGGCUCUCCAAGCACUUGGACUCGGCUGGAGUCUUAUUAGUCCAUUUUGUGAUGCCAUGGUUUCUCACCCUCUUCACUUCCCUGCCCUGCUGGGAUUCUGUUCUUGCUGUCUGGGACCUCAUCAUUUUACAAGGCCUGCAAGCUGUGUUCCGAACUGCUCUGACCAUCAUCGAACUUCUGGAGCCUCGACUGAUGGAGCUGAAUGAUGAAGAAACAAUGUUACCCCUGUUAUUAAGAGUACCAGUGGAGAUGGCCCGGUAUACUGUACUGGUUUCUGCACUGUGGAAAACUGAGGUCCAGGACUGGGAGCUUAAAUGCAUGAAUAGCUUGGUGCUGGAUGAGAGCCACCAUGAACCCGAAACAGAAAAGUUGGAAAACCCCCAGGAUGCAUCCAACCAAGUCGGAACAGGAAACGAGACACGACAUAUUUCAAAAUCUGGAGCCAAGAAAACUUCUGAAAAAGACACAGUUCCAGGGGGUGUGAGUUUGCUGACCCGUGUGCUGCGCAUGGCGCACCGGUACCUUCUCAGCCCUUUGGGUCGGGAGGGAGUUGAGGAGAAGUGUUCACAAACACUGGCUGUGCCGAGACGCCGGAGUCCUGGCCGCGUGUUCCGGAGACGAGCCUCGGCUUCAUUUACACUAGCUCAGGUGAGAUUGAAAAAGCAGAGCAAGCAGAAAAGUAGCAUCCACCAGCCUGAAGGACAAGGGGGCGGUGGAGAGGUGGCUGUAGCCCCUGUUACUGGGAAAAAACCUGCUGGCUGUGGGAAAAGUGAAAGAUAUCAGCAAACCUUUGAGAGAUCUGGUGCAGGGUCUGUUGGCAAAGCGGCUCAUCGUCGUAGCAACCGCAUCCGUAAUCAUGCCAGAGCGAAAUCUCAUCGUCUUCCUCGAAAUGAGAGGAGCUCAGUGGACCAGAAUCCUAACUCCAGUGCGAUUCUCUCCUCCACCACUCCCACGAGUCCUCAACCCACCAGUGCUUCUCAAAGUGGAGAACCCCAUGAAACAUUCAACGCAGCUCUCAUCAGAAAGAUAGAGCCUGUCACCAAGUUGUCAAAAAGACAUUUGUUGGUAAAAAAUAAUCAGCCAUUCAAAGAAAGGAAGCACUGACCAGACAUCAAAAGACACAACAAGAAUUAUCAUCCAGACAUCAGACCGGUUUGCCCUUCACGAAUGCCAGAGAAUCAAAGCUGAUUUAAAAGCUAAGAACAGCAGAACAUGAAAGUACCAACCAGGAUUUAUCAAACUGUUGAGCUGCAAAUCUGCUGGUUGUUUAAAACUGUCUUCUCCAGGAAUUUGUCGCUUUCAUAACAAUUUAUUGUUUCAUGUUUGUCUUUUCCAAUACUUCACACACUUUCUUUUUAAUUGCCUCAAAAAGGUUUAAU